AUGCAUAUUAAUACAAAAUAUUUUGAAAAAUUCUUACUUGUUGUCGAUGCUGAUAAGGUUGCCCUUGUUGUUGAUGCUGAUAAGGUUGCCCUUGUUGUUGCAUCUGAAAAGGUAAAAAAGUACAUUUGCUCCUGGUUCUUCGUUGUAAAAGGGCAAAUUGAGCCUUACUCGUAACUGUUGGGGUCAUAGUUGUUAUUUGAUCUAAGACAAAAAAGUUAUGUUUUUUUUUAAUAAAAGUUCAUCUCUAUAUUGUGUAAUCGUUGCAUUCUUACGCACUCAGAGGGCAUAUUUGAAUAUUGGCCAGUGCCUUUGGAUAACAAACAGGUUGUUGACACCGUGUAAUAUUAACACAAAUUGUUUCUGCAAUUGAACAUGUAACAUUAUCUAAAUUACAUCGAGCCAUUGAAUUGCACGGUAGAACGGCAAUAGCACAAAUGCCCGAGAUAAGUCCAUUUAUAGUAUUAGUUAAUGAAAAACAGUCACAAUCGAGAUUCGAAGAACAGGACAAAGAGGAGGAUUUACAAAGAGUUGAAUUGCAUGUUGCCAAGGCUGGGCUGGGUGAUGAUGUUGUUGAUUGAGCUAUGACACGGUAGGAAUCA